AAAGUCUUUCUCGGGUAACGCAGUCAGAAACCAGCUUAACGCUUUGAUUCAGGGAUAGGGGUGGCUUUCUCCCUAUCGAGUCACCACCCCCCAAAAUAUCGCAGAAGGUGGACGUGCCCAGUUGGAGGCAUAUAUUGAAACUCGUGGGGGCACCAAGGAAAAUAGGAGGUAUUGCUUUUUUCUUGGUGAGCACUCGGAGACCAUGUCUGCAAAUCUCUUCUCAUCCACAAAAGAGGAGGGAAGCUCUGGCUCAGGGCCCAGUUUUAGAUCCAGUAGGAGGAAGAGGCUAAACCUGCUGCUGGAAAGAGAAACUUCAUUUACCGUUUAUCCAGAUCUCCCUAGAACUCCAAUGAACAAAGUUUUUGGUGAUUCUCGAAACUUAAGCAUUUUUUCUGGCGGAACCCCAAAAUGUUGCCUUGAUCUUUCGAAUCUUAGCAAUGUGGAGAUGUCUACCAUGCCUUCAACUCAGCUUACCACUUCUGCAGACUCUGGUGAAACCGGUCAUUUGGAUUCAUCAGGACUGCAAGAAAUACAGUUAGUUGGGGUGAAUCAUCAUCAGCAUCUUAUAAAAGGCAGCCCAGCACAACUGAUGUGUAGCACUCCGAAUUCUUUGGACCAUGGUCACAGAAAGAAAGAUGCAGUGUGUAAUUCAUCUACAAAUAAAAAAAAUGACAAUCGGAACUUAUUGGAAAAUGAAAUGACAGAUUUGGGCAGUCCCAUUACUAUACUUCCAAAACGGAAUGAAAAUCCAAAACUAGAAUUCCAGAUAGAAGAUAUUUCACAUGAUUUGAUGGAGUUUUCACUGGAAGAUCAAGAAGAUGCCAAGGCAUCUCUGAACAGAAGCUACCUAUAUCGGUCUCCUUCGAUGCCAGAGAAUUUGAACAGGCCAAGACUGAAACAGAUGGUAGAAUUCAAGGACAACCUAAUGCCAGAUCAGGUAAAAAAAAAAAGAUUGUUCCUGCCUUAUAACAUAUUUGGGAAAGGCUUAGGUCUAAAGAAGACUGUCUCUCUGUGUGACAUUAGUGUUACUCAAAUGAUGGAGGAAGAUUCUAACCAGGGACAUCUGAUUGGUGAUUUCUCCAAGGUAUGUGCACUGCCAACCGUGUCAGGGAAACACCAAGAUCUGAAGUACAUCAACCCAGAAACGGUGGCUGCCUUACUUUUGGGGAAGUACCAGGGCCUGAUUGAGAAGUUUUAUAUCAUUGAUUGCCGCUAUCCAUAUGAGUACCUGGGAGGACACAUCCAGGGAGCCUUAAACUUAUAUAGUCAAGAAGAACUAUAUAACUUCUUUCUAAAGAAGCCCAUUGUCCCUCUGGACACCCAGAAGAGAAUAAUCAUCGUGUUCCACUGUGAAUUCUCCUCAGAGAGGGGUCCCCGAAUGUACCGCUCUCUGAGAGGAAAGGACAGGACUUUGAACCAAUAUCCUGCCUUGCACUACCCAGAGCUGUACAUUCUCAAAGGGGGCUACAGAGACUUCUUUCCAGACUAUAUGGAACUAUGUGAACCACAGAGCUACUGCCCUAUGCAUCACCAAGACCACAAGGCUGAACUGCUGAGGUGUCGAAACCAAAGCAAAGCAUGGGAAGGGGAGCGACAGCUGCAGGAGCAGAUUGCCCUCCUGAUGAAGGGCAUGAAGUGA